AUGGACGACCGUCCACCUUUCACUCACGUACCGCCCAGCUAUGUCGAAGGACCUCCUUCAUAUGUCAAUGGCCCAGGAGAGGAGGAUGUUAUGAGUAUGCCCGGACACAACACUUCACUUAGGCUGCUCCCGCAGGGUGAUGAUUACAGACCGUAUGUCACAAGCUGCGUUUCUUCUACACUACCCGAUGGACUGCCAUCCCCCAGGCGCAAGCCGGUGCCUGAACCCAAGGCGUCUCGCGUUGCAUGGGAAGACUCUUCCACAGAGUCCGCCGGCCGAGGUGCCAGACUGCAAGCAUCAGUGUCUUCAUUGAUCGCCGAAGCCGAGGAGUCUCUCCAGCGCAGUCGUGACACAACUACCUUCGUUGGCCGCGCGCCUACCCUCAAAGCUACUGUGACCCUUAAGAAAAGCUCUCAGACUGACAGAAGCCCUCCAUAUAGACCCUCUCCAUCCAUUCGAGGCUCCCCGGAAAGAUAUCGACCUACGGCGUCGACCGCAUACAGUUCAAGGCCUGGCUCCAGCCUAGGACGAGCUCCCUCGAUUCCCCCGCCGACGGCGAACCCCCGUUCACCUAUCAGACCUUCCACUCCUUCUCGAGUAUCUACCGACUGGGGCAGACCUGCCGCGUCUACCGUUUCUUACGAACCGGCAGACCUCAAUGGGAGUCCACGGCCGGGCACACCAUCCUCGCAGUAUGGUGGGAGUCCGCGGAGACCUCUGCCUCCUGCACCGCUCUUCUCCACCAAAGGCGCUGCAACAGAGACGACGAUACCGAUACCGGAUGCAGACAUGGAAAACGAUGUUUUUGUGAACGGCCACCCAAUCGUGCCUGACAACGAUCCCAGAGCGAGCCUCAAAUCAGCCCAUUCAUACAUGACCGACUCAACCUUCACGGAAGAGGACGACGCACACAGUGAGAAACUUGAUCACUAUGGCCCUGCUCCAGAAGGGAGACAGGAUCGACGAGGUUUAAGAGCAGCACAAAUGACAAGGAAGGAGGUGCGACUCAUCAACGGAGAGCUGAUCCUCGAGUGCAAGAUCCCUACAAUUCUCCACAGCUUUUUGCCCAGGAGGGAUGAACGAGAGUUCACGCACAUGCGAUACACAGCCGUAACCUGCGACCCAGACGACUUUGUUGUGAAAGGUUACAAACUGCGCCAGAACAUCGGACCUACCCUUCGAGAAACCGAGCUCUUCAUCUGUGUCACCAUGUACAAUGAAGGCGAAAUCGAAUUCACAAGGACAAUGCACGGUAUCAUGAGAAACAUCAGCCAUUUCUGCUCGAGGACAAAGUCCAGGACUUGGGGCAAAGACGGUUGGCAGAAGAUUGUCGUUUGCAUCAUUGCGGACGGAAGACAAAAGGUUCAUCCUCGCACUCUAAAUGCUCUGGCCGCCAUGGGAGUCUACCAGGAUGGCAUAGCCAAGAACAUUGUCAACCAGAAAGAAGUCACCGCCCAUGUGUAUGAAUACACCACCCAAGUCUCGCUGGACGAGACUUUGAAAUUCAAAGGCGCGGAAAAAGGCAUUGUUCCGUGCCAAAUGAUCUUCUGCCUGAAGGAGAAGAACAAGAAGAAGCUCAAUUCUCACCGCUGGUUCUUCAAUGCUUUCGGCCGCGCCCUGACGCCCAACGUUUGCAUCCUCCUUGAUGUGGGCACCAAACCGGAUUCGAAGGCGUUGUAUCAUCUUUGGAAAGCCUUCGAUCAAGAUUCCAACGUCGCUGGGGCGGCAGGUGAAAUCAAGGCUGACAAGGGCAAGGGAUGGAUGGGCUUGCUGAACCCGCUGGUCGCCUCACAAAACUUCGAGUACAAGAUGAGUAACAUCCUCGACAAGCCACUCGAGUCAGUGUUUGGCUAUAUCACUGUCUUACCCGGUGCACUGUCGGCGUAUCGAUACUAUGCACUUCAAAAUGAUCCAAGCGGCCACGGCCCACUAAGCCAAUACUUCAAGGGAGAAACGCUGCAUGGGCGUGAUGCCGACGUUUUUACCGCCAAUAUGUACCUUGCUGAAGAUCGAAUCCUCUGUUGGGAGCUUGUUGCGAAACGCGGCGAACAGUGGGUGUUGAAAUUCGUCAAGAGCGCCUACGGAGAGACCGAUGUGCCAGAUGCUGUUCCCGAGUUCAUCUCUCAACGACGACGCUGGCUCAACGGCGCUUUCUUCGCAGCGGUGUACUCUUUGGUCCAUUUCAAGCAAAUCUGGCAUACCGACCACACUCUGGCUCGAAAGAUCUUGCUACACAUCGAAUUCGUCUACCAGUUCAUCUCUCUUAUAUUCACCUUCUUCUCCCUCGCAAACUUCUACCUGACCUUCUACUUCAUUGCUGGCUCCUUAUCCGACCCCAGGAUCGAUCCUUUUGGGCACAACAUCGGAAAAUACAUUUUCGUCAUCCUCCGCUAUGUUACUGUGUUGUUGAUCUGUCUGCAAUUCAUCCUCAGCAUGGGCAAUCGGCCACAGGGCGCGAAGAAGCUGUUCACGGGUACUAUGGUCACAUAUUCGAUUAUCAUGGCAUACACCACCUUUGCAUCUCUCUACAUUGUCAUCAAACAGCUCACAACACACGCGCUAGAGCAGACAGACCCGAAGAAUCCGUACAAGCUAGGCGACAACAUCUUUACCAACCUCAUUGUCAGCACAGUUAGCACGGUUGGCCUCUACUUCCUCAUGUCGUUUUUGUACCUGGAUCCAUGGCAUAUGUUUACCAGCUCGGCGCAAUACUUCGCCCUCUUACCGUCUUACAUUUGCACGUUACAAGUGUACGCAUUCUGCAACACUCACGACGUCACAUGGGGUACCAAAGGUGACAAUAUCUUGCACACCGACCUCGGAGCAGCCAAAGCAGUUGGAUCUGGUGGAAACACCGUCGAAGUGGAAAUGCCCUCUGAACAACUCGACAUCGAUUCUGGAUACGAUGUUGCGCUUCGUAAUCUGCGGGACAGAGUCGAGGUACCCAAACCGUCCGUCAGCGAGUCCCAGUUGCAGGAAGACUACUACAAGUCCGUGCGCACGUACAUGGUCGCCGUAUGGAUAGUGUGCAAUGCCAUCCUUGCCAUGGCGGUCUCAGAAGCCUAUCCCGUAGGCAGCCACAUCAGCAAAAACAUCUACCUGAAAGUCCUUUUGUGGUCGGUGGCUGCCGUGGCACUAUUCCGUGCCAUUGGGUCUUCGGCAUUUGGAAUCAUCAACCUCAUCUCCGCGAUUGUGGAGGGAAGAUUGCAAGCCAAGUUUGAGAAAAUCUUUGGUGGUGGAGAUGAGAAUGGACGACAGAGAAAGGGCUUGGGUAGCGGGAUCAGCGAAAGUGGCAAGACGGGAUUGAGUGGUGGGAGCAAGGGGAGUGCUGGCACGGGAAUCAGCAUCAGUGAAGUGACGAGCAAGAUUUCUGAGAAGUUCAAUUGGAUAGGUAGGAGGUAA